AGAGAUACAGUCUUUUGUAUAUCAUAAUCAUAACGUAACAUCUGUGACUUUAAAACACGCGUCUAACAGUAAUUAUCUUCUGCUGCCAACAUGCGGUUGUACGUUGCUGGUCUGAUACAUCUGUCUGUCACUCUUGCCUUCGAUAUUCCUGUUUUAUCAGAACAUAUCGUAAGGACUCCGGAGAAGAAACACAGUGCCUCAGGCGCACAGUUGAACUCACCCCUUGACUCACCCGUUUUACCGGGAUUCGCAUCUUCGACCAACUACAAUACUGGAUGGCUCAAGAACGAGUUGUCGCCACCCAUUGUCUCCGUCUCAGACUCCAGUUUCGGAAAUGCUGGUUGGAUUUCUGAAGGUUCUGACAGCGGUUCUCCAAAUGGAUUACAAUUUGCAACACAGCUUGGAACCGCACUUGCACCUGCUGCAACUUCGGCAAUAUCUACAGCUUCUAGUGCUUUCGGAACCAUCGGGGACUUAGCAAAUUCUAUCUUAGAAGGAUUAACCUCCGGGGUAAAUAGUUCAAAUACGAGUGCCGGAAUUCCAUCAGUACAAUCUAAAGCAUCAAGUAGAAUUACAAGAUGUUCAGUUUUAGGAGCUGAAGAAUCAGGAACAAAUAGUGCAAAUGGAAGUUCAGCCCGUUCCAAAACACUGUUUCAGGCAAGAAAAAGGACAUACGAAGGUAGCAGCGGAGCUGAAUCGUCAUCAGUUUUAACAUCUUCUGUUCAUACAAGUACCGGAUCGCAUCAUGAAAAUUUUAAUGGCACAAAUUAUGUGCGAAGACGAAGAUAUCCGGCUCAGUCUAAUUUAGGAAAUGUUGGAGGUGGUUAUAGAAGUUUCGGCGGUAGAAGGUUAUUGGUAAGUUCAGGGUCUUCUGCUCAGGCAACUUCAGGAUCUGUUGGUAGUGGUUAUGGAAGUUAUGGUGGCUUAGGUACGGUGACAGGUUCAGGGUCUUCUGCCCAGGCAACUUCAGGAUCUGUUGGUAGUGGCUAUGGAGGUUACGGCGGCUUAGGAACUGUGGCAGGUUCAGGAUCUUCUGCUCAGGCAAAUUCAGGAUCUGCUGGUAUUGGCUAUGGAGGUUACGGUGGUGUAGGAACUGUGGCAGGUUCAGGGUCUUCAGCCCAGGCAAAUUCAGGUUCUGUUGGUAAUGGUUAUGGAGCCUAUGGUGGCUUUGGAACUGUGACAGGUUCAGCAUCUUCGGCUCAGUCAACUUCAGGAUCUGUUGGUAGUGGUUAUGGAGGUUAUGGUGGCUUAGGAACUGUGGCAGGUUCAGGGUCUUCUGCUCAGUCAACUUCAGGAUCUGUUGGUAGUGGCUAUGGAGGUUACGGUGGUGUAGGAACUGUGGCAGGUUCAGGGUCUUCAGCCCAGGCAAAUUCAGGUUCUGUUGGUAAUGGUUAUGGAGCCUAUGGUGGCUUUGGAACUGUGACAGGUUCAGCAUCUUCGGCUCAGUCAACUUCAGGAUCUGUUGGUAGUGGCUAUGGAGGUUAUGGUGGCUUAGGAACUGUGGCAGGUUCAGGGUCUUCCGCCCAGUCAACUUCAGGAUCUGUUGGUGGUGGCUACGGAGGUUAUGGUGGCUCAGGAAAUAUGGCAGGUUCAUUGUCUUCUGUCCAGUCAACUUCAGGAGCUGUUGGUAGUGGCUAUGGAGGUUACGGUGGUGUAGGAACUGUUGCAGGUUCAGGGUCUUCUGCCCAGUCAACUUCAGGAUCUGUUGGUAGUGGCUAUGGAGGUUAUGGUGGCUUAGGAAUUGUGGCAGGUUCAGGGUCUUCUGCUCAGUCAACUUCAGGAUCUGUUGGUAGUGGCUAUGGAGGUUACGGUGGUGUAGGAACUGUGGCAGGUUCAGGGUCUUCUGCCCAGUCAACUUCAGGAUUUGUUGGCAGUGGCUAUGGCAAUUUUGGUGGUUUGUUAGGAGCUUCAGCGCUUCAUCCUCUGUCAAGUCUAAGUCCUGUCACAGGAGGGUACGGAGUUUUGAGUGGCAUAGAAUCUGUUGCAGGUUCAGGAUCUUCUGCUCAGUCAAGUGGAGGAUCUUAUGGAGGGUUUGACUCCUCAGGGUUUAUAAAAGAUUCAGGAUUAUUAUCCCACUCGACUGCAGGAUCUAUUGGAAGUUACAGUCCCGUGGAUUCUAUUACAGGUUUAGGUCCUUUGAUCCAAUCGCCUUCUGGAUCUAAUGAAGGCGGUUUUGGAUCACUCACAGGAUCAGAAUCUUCAGCUAGUUCAAAUUCAGAAUCUGUGUGAAUUGUAAGUGGUGUUUCAGGAUCUAUGACAGAAUCAGGAUCUUCAGCGUCUAGUGUUGCUGGAUAGAUUUUUCUCCGUAUUGUGAGAUAAGGCAUUGAGCAGCUGUGAUUUCUCUGUUCUGUUUACUAUAAAACACUAAACUGCAUACCAAAAUAAUUCACCAAUUUAGUGUUGAAAAUGAGUUAUAUUUUUUACAAAAUCUAUUGUCUUCUGUUCUAAAUAUAUUUAAAUUUAAUUUAUAGAAACGUAAAAUAUUACGUACUUUUCCCUUUUUAUGUAACUGGAUCUUCGAAUUUACAACGACCUGAAUCAAAUACAGUAAGCUGGUUUUAUAUUUUUAUCUUUAAUUCAGAAACUUUUUUGUUUUAUUAAUAAUAAUAUCAUGUAUUGUUAAAGCAGGCAAGGAAUCAAACAGCAAUUACUAAUAAUACUGAUGUUAAUUUACCAUGUAAUAAACAAGUUAUGAUUA